AUGCGCUGCGGCGAUCUGACCGCCCCACCACCACCGACCAUAGGGAAAAGGGAGAAAGGGAGAGACACACCACAACCACCACCGCCAUCGCCACCACCACCACCACCACCACACAUAAACGCCACUAAGUGGAGGAGACGAUCGAGCUGGUUUUGGGGGACGAAGAAGACGAUGUCUCGCUUCGACUUGGUGAUUUAUGGUGCAUCCGGUUUCACUGGUGCUUAUAUUGUGGAAAGACUUGUUACAUCAAAAUAUUAUGAGGGUUUGAACUUCGCCGUCGCCGGCAGGAAUCAGGCGAAACUACAAAAGGUUUUGGACGAGGUGUCGAAAAAAACUGGUAAAGAUAUCGUAUCGACGCCGAUAAUCAUUGCGGACUCAGCGGACGAGCAUUCUUUGGCCGAUAUGGCUAGGCGAGCGAAGGUUAUUGUGAAUGCCGUCGGACCGUAUCGUCUUUACGGUGAAGCAGUUGUGAAGGCAGCCGUUGAGAAUGGCGCCAGCCAUGUGGAUAUUUCCGGAGAACCUGCGUUCCUCGAGCAAAUGCAGAUGUUGUACGGUGAGAAAGCAAAGGAAAAGGGAGUGUAUGUGGUUGGAGCAUGUGGAUGGGACUCAAUUCCAUGUGAUAUGGGAGUGAACUUCCUGAAGGAGAAAUUCGACGGUGAUCUUAAUCAUGUCGAAAGUUUUGUGCAGAUGACUACCGGUCCAUCGGGUUACUCUCUCAACGAUGGUACAUAUCAGACUUUGAUCCUCGGGAUCAGUGGAAUGAAAUCCGAUGGUCUUGGGAGGAUUCGACGAAGUAUUAUGCCUGAAAAAAUUGUGAAAGGAACGGUGAAACCACCGAAGAGAGGGCCUUUAUGGCAAAUCCAUGAAAAGGAGCUGGACGGUUGGGCGCUGCCAUUUAUGGGAUCAGACAAAUCGAUUGUGAAUCGAUCGCAGUACUAUGAUGCUGUCAACAAUGGGAAAAGACCUGUUCACAUCGAGACUUAUCUCCGCGUUUCUUCUCUUUUGUGGGCUGUACUGCUCGCAGCGUGGCUCGUCAUUUUUGCUCUACUCGCCCAGUUCAAAUUCACCAGAAAAAUACUACAGAAAUAUCCGGACAUCUGCAGUUUCAACAUAUUCAAAGCUUCUGGCCCAACUGAGCAACAAAUCAAGGAAGCAGGAUUUAUCUAUUGGUUCUUCGGUUAUGGAUAUGCGAAUCACAAACCAAUGACUGAACAGCACCUGGGGAAUCCUGAUCAAAGAAUGGUUGUUAGCUGCAAAGGUCCGGAUGCUGGUUACAUGGCCACAAGCGCUUGUGCCCUCUCCGCUGCCCUAUCGGUUGUUCGGGACUCGCACAGUCUUCCACAUGGUGGCGGAGUCUUCACUACAGCGUCUGCGUUCGCAAAAACAAACAUCUACUCAUAUCUCGACUCGUUCGGCAUCACAUUCCAAGUGGAAUCCGCUCAAUCGCAAGUCUGA